UUGCAUUGACUUCACUGACACUUGACAGUGUCAGAUUAGAGAUUGCAUCGCUAGGUUGUGGCACCCUUUACUCGUGAUUUUGAUUAGAAAGGAUUGUUUAUUUUGUUUUUCUUUCAACUUGGAAGUGAUAAAAAUAAACAGAAAAAAUGGCAGACAAUAUAGAAGAAAAAGUGAUAAUGACCCCAAAGUGCAAGACGGCCACAUCCACAACUCUGGUAGUUGAGAGGAAGGUGGUGCAAGCUGAGGCUAGUGACAAGAUACAUGUGGCUGGAGGGGACCACACUGGCAUCAUUAUCAACAAGGAACAAGUUUAUGAAAACGGCGUAACAGAGCCAUGUCACGCGCAACUCGAAUUCCGAGUGUACCUAGUGUCAGCCGCAAACGGCUCACACACUCGGGAGGCGCGCGCGCUCAGAUUCUGGUUCAAACCGCAAAUGACGCCCGGAGAGCGGCCACACGAAGCGCAGGCCUUCUUCAGGGAACUGGUCAGCCCGCAAGACUUCCCAAAAGAUUACGUGGGAUUCAUUAAGAAGAUAAUAAAGCUUAUGCAACACAAAUACCUUCAAUUAAAGAUUUUAGAGAUAGAGUUACGACAAGAAGGAACGGGAACGCCACCUCCAGAAUCAAAUGGCGUUAUUUCAAGUAAGACAUAUACUUACGUCUAUUGUAAUGGCUCGUUUAUUGAAGAAAGUGCGGCAAACCAAACUCCAGUAAUAUCAGAACAGAGAGUACUGGAUAUGAUCGAGAAUGCUUACCCGAACCCGUUGACAGUGGAUGAUUUCAUCACAGCAGGAAAAUGGUCGAAAGCAGAAGUAAAGGACGCUCUGGAGGCGCUAGAAGAAAAGGGUCUCACACGGGCCAUGUCGGACGGACUAUACAUUCGGCAGCACAGCGUUGACACACAGGUCGUGAAACAAAUGCCAAAGUUAUGUUCAUCGCGACAACCAAGCAUAGCUGUAAUAACCGCGCUGUACUGCGAGAAGCAAGCUGUGGACGCCAUGAUGGAUAAUCAAGAGACGUUCGUACGCUAUACGACAGUCGGCGAAUCCAACGUAUACACGUUGGGUACAAUCGGAGCACAUCGCGUGGUGACCACAAAACUUCCCUCCGUGGGUCGCACGAGAGAAGCGAUGACAGCAGCAGGCAAUACAACCACCAGACUCCUUGGCAUCUUCCAAAAGGUGGAGUAUGUGUUCCUCGUGGGCGUCGGCGGCGGCGUGCCGCACUACACCGACUACGAGCGCCACGUGCGGCUUGGAGACGUCGUGGUGUCCACCCCUGCGGCGGAUCUGACUGACAAGAGUGUUUACGUGUUCUGCGAGAAGGCAGAGCGUAACGAGAAAGGCGGUUGGGACUACGAAGUGAAGCCUUAUAAGCCUGACAGUUUCCUACUUCAAGAUAUCGCACUACGACUGAUGCGCUCGCACGCGCCUUGGGACUCCUACGUCAAUGAAGGAUUGGAACGAUUGCGAGGCGUACCGGGGCGCUGGGAAGCGCCCCUUGGCGGCUCAGAUCGUCUCACCAUGGACGUCGGCAACGGAGCCUUCAUAGAGGUCUCACAUCCCGCGCCCAGCGGCGACCAAGUAGACCGCGGCGGUCUGCGCGUGCACUGCGCGCCGGUGGCGGGCGGGCGCGCGGUGUCGUGCUCGGGCGAGGCGCGCGCGGCCUUCGCGGCGCACAAGCGCGCGCAGGCCUACGACUGCGAGCUCGACGCCGUGCUCGACUCCGUCAAGGGCAACAGGAAGGACUGCUUCGUCUCCAUCAGAGGUAUAUCGGACUACCGCGACGGCACGCGCGGCAAGGACUGGCAGCCGCACGCGGCGCUGGCCGCCGCCGCCGUCAUGAAGGCCAUAGUUGCCGCCAUGGACCCGCCGACGGACUAACCUAACAUUUACAUGUAAUAUACCUAUAAGACCAAUUGCACCAACCAUAACUGAAGGACUCAUUAGCGCCAUUCAGCAGUUAACUAUGAAAUUUUCCGUACAAUACAAUUUCGCGAACGUUCUAACGGUGAUAGACGCCUUAAUACUGGCGCAACCGAAUCAUAGUAAUCAUACCCGCUUUUCUUUAUAAAUCCUAGCAUACGGUCACGCCGUAGAAUGGUGUAAAUGCAUGAACUGUGCGUCUUUACAUUACAUGAAUCCUGGCAAGGUCGCCAUGCGAGGGCGUUCACUUUCUGUUUUUUAAAUUGUAUAAACUAAAGCAUUAUUGUUAGGAUUAACGCUAGUAGAUAAUCCUAUUUCAACACUGCCCUAGUAAUAAAAUAUAUCUAGGGGAUCUUCCUUCACUGACUGAAUAUUUGCAUUACCUUUCUAGUAUUUAUUGACAUUCCCAUAAUAUACCCCGAAAUAAAUGAUAAGCCACUAUGCCUAAAAUGAUAAGCCAUCUACUUAAGAUAGUUUCGCCUAGAUUAGAAUUAUAUUGUCAAUGACUAUAAAGUUUCAAGAAAAUUGACUUUAGUCUUUAGACUAGUAAAUUAAUUUACAGGAUUACUUGCCUUAAUUAAAUUUGGCUGUUAUGAAAAUUUACAUAUAAAAUGUUUUAUCUGAUCGAGGAUCUUUGAAUAUGUACUGUGAAAGUUCAAGUAGUAAAUUGUAUACAUUUUUCAGUGAGAUUUCGUAGAUUGGAGGGUCAAGACUCCAUUUUAAGUAUAUUUAUUGUGACAAGGCAGGUACUGCUGUUGCCAUAAGAGUGUGUCAAAUGUACAGCUCAAGUUGGAACUUCCCAUUUAUUGCCAAAAACCUAUUGAUAAUUUGCUCCGUACUUUCUGGUCAACUAAUCGUGAUAGUGGACAGUCGAGUGUAAAAAUAUGGGUGCAUAAAUCAUCUCAAAAAUAUGUCCCAUAGCUCUUAUGUCAGCGAAUUAAGAACUAUGGGACAUAUUUUUGAGUAAGUUGUCUACACCCAUAUUUUUACACUUGACUGUACACACUCAGUAGUUGCUGAUAAUAGAGUUCAGGGGGCCGAGUUUUAAAAUUCGACCACUCGAUUUCGUGUAUUUCGUUAAAUGAUAUCUCCAUUACUAGUUUAAAUUCUACUAAUGGAAUUGAAAUCGAGUGGUCAAUACGACUAGAUUCCAAAUUUCGAUCGCUCGUAUUUCAAAAAUUUGCAUUUCGCCGUUUUCCACCGAUUUUCGAGUGACGAAAUCGAGCGAUCGAAAUUCAAAAAUGUCUGCCCCUUUGAUUAUUUCUCCACUUUCUAUUGGCACGGUUAGUUGAUUAACAUAAUUUUAUUAUAUAAGGCCUGAUUCGAAACAAAUUUGACAAAUUCAGAGUGAUUUUUCUUGGAUAUUUUCUAGCUUACUUUAUAUAUACACUACGACAUUAUAAUUAUCAGUAUCACAAAAUUAUUAUACCAAAAAAAUUUUUUUUUUAUCAAUUCUAAGAUGAUCAAAAAAAUCAAAUAAACGCCGCCGUCUUUUUAAUUAGGCGCCAAAUUGCUGUCAAAAACUUGAUAAGUAUGGAAGAAACUUGCACAUAACUAAUUUCCAACAUAACCUGUUACCUAAUAUUAUACCAAUACUGAAAGGUAAUUUCAUUGCAAUAUCCAUGAAACAAUGAGGAUCUAGACAUAUCUUCAAAUAUCUGGCGUAUCAGGAAUUUCGUCGAUGUGGUGUCAGUUACCGGGCAUUGGUUACUUUUCGACAGAGAAAUCGACACCAACAUCACUAAAAGAAACGGUUCGCAGCUUUAGUUUAAUAAUGCGGAUUUCCAAUAUUACUUUGAUAAUAUUUGGAGAUGAUCCACGAUGUUUAUGAGGCAAUCAGCAUGCUUAAGCCAGUACCCUCGAAAUCGGACCAAAAAACUUGAUUCAACAAAGUCCCACAGUAUUGACCUAUUGAACGGUAUGGAGUGGAGUGUCCAAGGAAUUAGUUCGUUAAAACAACAAAAACUAUAUGCAAUAUAAUAUUUCAAAAUAAACAUUGUUCUUGAUAGGACUCAAACUAAGAAACUGUCAAAAAACACUGUCGGAUGUAUGAUGGAGGGCAUACAACAAAACUAACGACAGGAGCGGGAAGAAAUGGAAAAUGAUGAAUUUACUUAUAAAUAACAAUUUUUAAACAAAUUUUCAAUAAAUUAUGGAAAAACAAAUCUUGAUUCAGCUAGCUUCAGUACCAUUAAUAGGGUUUUCAAUUUGGCAGAUUGAAUUCGAAUCAGGCCUUAUGUUAAAGCAAAGAGAAAACAGUGCAAGUUAAAGUUUAAUUUUGUACUAAUCAUAAUAUGCCUCUCUAUUAUUAAUGCAUAAUAUGAUUGUAAAAUGACCAUUGUUUAUACUGUUGACCAUUUAAUUUAUCUCGUUAAUAUAAUAUUGUCUUAAAAUACUUCGCAAAGAUACGUUUUACAAUUUACAUUGUCACAAAUAAUUAUGACAAUAGUAGUGAAAGAGUUUACAAAACUAUGUUACCAAAGGUAAAUAAAAUUAUGAAUUGCAAGGUAAGACCUGUAAAAUCCAUAUUUAAUAUAUUGAGUAAAUAUUUAAUAGAUUGUUCCGUUUAUAGAGGUAGGAUAGUUUACCUUUUAUUGUAGGACUUUUGAUAUUAAGGUCACAAGCACAAUAUUAUACAGGUUGAAAUGUAAUGGUUUUUGAGUAUUAACACAUUUAGCACCUUACUCGACUAUCACACUGAUUAGAUUAGGUGGGAAUCGGUACACCGCUCCAAUGUGUGGGCGAGACGGCAUUAUGCAUAUGUGUAUAAUGAUGUCCCGCUCGCACAUGCGCACGAAAUCGCCCAGAACUAAGCUCCCAAUGUUGAAUCUUUGUAAGAUUGUUGAUUCGGCAACGCACGUGUAACUACACUAGCGUUGCAAGACUUGCAAGCGUCUAUAGGCUACGGUGUCUGCUUAACAUCAGGCAGGCGGCACGCAUGUUUGCCACCGUCGUGAUAUUCAAAAAUUACCCACACGCCUUGGUCAGUGGUGGUGAAUGAGUUAAUAUUAUUAAUUACGAUAGAUAACAUUACUGUUUCAGAGCUUAAUCUUUGUUAGGAUUCUUAACUGUAGAUGUGAUUACUGCCCGCCAUAAUGGCCUAUAAUAAAACCAUAUGCCUAAUUAAAUAAUAUGUAAAAAAGUUGUGAAGUAAAUAAUUAAUAACCAAAGUUAAGUACAUGGCUGUUUCGUUUAAUAAACCAGGUCUAGUCGCCUGAAUUGUGAAAACCUUUUUGAAAUUAUUUAUAUCUACAUAUAAGUAUCACUGUUGUUUGACACAUUGCAUAGUUUUAUUAGAAUUACAUUUUACGCAGUUUAAACGAAUAGAGUUACUUGAACGUGUAUUAGUUAUUUAUAAGACUUUAGUUAAGAUUGCAUUGUCUUGAAGCCAUUUUACAAACUUUUUAAGUAUUUUUUUGAAAUAACCCCUAUUUAAACAGCUCUAUAUCUAAUAGCUAUUUUUCGUUGUCUACUUUGGUUACAUUGUAGUAUUAUUUUGCAUUUUUAUUUGCAGUAUUGUCAGCUAGGGUAAAUCUGCCCGUCAUCGGCACCGCUAUAAAAUGAUUAGUCUUAUUUUAAGGCAAUAAUGAUCAAAAAUUUGUAUAAUUUGGAUACCCAAUGUUUAGUAUCUUUAAUGCCAAUCAAUUGGUUUACCGUCUUUAAUGGCGAUGUGUUUGUAUAAUUUAAAUGUUUGUUUGUAUAUUUGUGUUAUCCAUACCUAUCCAUAAUUACCUAUACCUGUAAUUUUAUCAUGUGUUAUUUUGUUUUGUAAUGAACGCACAAAUAAAUGAAUUUGAACUA